AUGAUGUGCCGCUCACCCGCAAGAGACGCCGAACAGACGCGCCUUUCCGUUCUGCCACCUCGGCCGUCCAAGCCUCUGCAGGGGGGUACCCCGUCUCCAGCUGCUCCCGUAACAGUGGAGGCCACUUCCUCUAAGCGAACUCCAUCUUUGGCUGAGCUGUCGGAGCCGCUCGCUGUUCAGCCGAUCACUUCCUUGCCGCCAAUUAGGCGGAAGCUCACUCCACGCUCUGCUCCGUGGGGAGCUGUAGUCGCCGCCAGGGAGAGCACACCUUCAGUACUACCGCCGUUUCCAGCGGUUGCCGGUACCUCCUGCCGCCACUGCCGCCCUCAGCAGCUGUGGGUUCUGCCAACGGCAGCCACCGCUACCUCCGUUCGCGGUCAUAGCCGCAGCGUCCAGCGGCCUUUGCCGCUGCCGAGUCCGGCGGCCAUCGUCGCUGUGUAUAGCGACCACCGCAGCCCCUCUUGGCGUCUAGCGCUGCCUCUUCUUUUGGUGUCUAGCGCCGCCGCCUCUUCAGGCGUCCAGUUUCGCCGCCUCCGGCGAUUACUGUCGCCACCGCCUUAG